AUGCAUGGGGUCUAUGCCGUUGUCGAUACUCCCUGUGGAAAGAUGUUUGUUAGUGAGAUCGAAAACGCAUUAUGCGCGGUUUCUUUCAAUCCAGACAUCGAUGAUGCGAUCAGAAUUUUGCACUUCAGCUAUCCAUUAGUACAGUUCACUGAGGGACAUGUGUCUAGUGCAGAAAAUGUGAGAUUUUGUAGGGGUUUUGUUCUUUUCAAUGGUCGUAAAAAAGGGGAAAUUUUGAGACUCCUCAACGGUGAAGAAUCUACUGAAAAUAUCCGCAUUUCCAAACUUGUUUUCAUGCGUUGUUCGGAAUUCCAAAGGAAGGUCUACGAGCAUCUAAUGCGCAUUCCUCGAGGAAGCACUAAGAGUUAUGCAGAGGUAAGAAACGAUAUUAUUACAGUUGCUAAAUCAAUUGGACAUCCCACAGCUUAUCGAGCAGUCGCCAGAGCUUGUAGGGACAAUUUUCUAGCCGUCGUGAUCCCUUGCCAUCGAGUGGUCACUUCAGAUGGAUCGCUGCGAGGUUAUCGUUGGGGAAUUGAAGUCAAAAAGAAACUUCUAGAGAUGGAGCGAAAGAAAUAA